UGGUCAAAGAAAACUUGGCUUUCUGUAAGGCUUCUCUUGUGUUCUCUUUGCAGAUGAAGCACUUUGUCUUUGUGCUGUCCUACUAUGGCAUUGAGAUUCGAUUCCCAGCUGAAAUGCAGCGUUCCUGUUCCAGUCCAGGGCCCCCCAUUUUCUCCUCUCCCUUUCUUUUCCCAAGAUCUGAGCAGGUCUUUCCUGACCCAAGAGGAGCUAGUGGAUGCUUUGGAUGGGAGUCCGUAUGACCUGAAUGAACUUCUCAGCCCAGGACUCUUUGAGAGCAGCAAUUGCUCUAUGCCAGAUUCUUUACUGGUCAGAAGAAUCGUGUCGCAAGUUGAGUUCUACCUUUCAGAUGAGAACUUGUCCAAAGAUGCUUUCCUCCUGAAGCAUGUGCAAAAGAACAAGAUGGGGUUUGUGAGCAUUAAACUUCUCACAUCUUUCAAAAAGGUGAAAUAUUUAACCCGGGAUUGGCGAAUGACCCUUUAUGCUCUGCAGUUCUCUGAGCUGCUGGAAGUCAAUGAGGAAGGGACCAAGGUGAGGAGGAAGAAUCCUAUCCCAGAGUAUUUGGUGAACAUCCCUCCAAGCAAGAUGCUCCUGGCCUGGAAUGUCCUUCCAUAUGAAGAAACCAGCCCUACUUCACUUCUAUUUCAAGCAACCUUUCUGGAUACAAUCAUAAAGCUGUUUGGGCCUUUUGGUGACAUCACCUCCAUACGCAUUCUCAGGCCUGGCAAAAAACUCCCCUCAGACAUGAAGAAGUAUUCCUCUUGGUAUCCUGAGCUUUUAACCAGGUGUUGUGCAUUGGUGGAAUAUGAGAGUCUAGAGAGUGCCCGAAGGGCUUUUGAAGAGCUUGGCCGCAACCAGAUCUCUUCUCCUGGGGAAGCCAUCAAAGUGGUCAGCCUCUGUAGACGAGGUUCCAAAAAGAAGAAUGUGGCCAGUCAAGAAGAUAGUGAGGAGAUCGAAGAGGUACCAAAGCCUUUUAGAAAGUGGACCAAUGUGUUGUCAGAAGGCCUUCAGCACACCCUUGAAGACUCUUUUUUCUACAGUUCAUCCACAGAGUCAGACAGUACCCCAGUUUCUACUCCUAUCCUCCCUCGGAAUUUCUUUUCUGCUCCAGUCUGGCCUACAACUAAGCUCUGCAACUCGGCAGGCCAGGCCUUCAGACCAAAUUUCUUCAGCAUACCGUACGCAGGCCCUCUUCAACUGCGCAAACCAUUGGCAUGGCCACUGUGCCCCUCACUUCUUUCUGCACCAAAAUUGGGCUCAUCAGAAUUGCAGAAAUCCACUGACUCCUGCUGGGGCAACGGAGUAGGUACGGAAAACUUGUGGACACCAAAGAGGCGUGCACCAGCCUGUGAUCAACUACUCUCACAGAAACCAGAGCCCUUGAGCCCACUAGCUGCUUCCAAGAGGAUCUGUGAAUCUCGAGGUGUCCACCCUGAAGUGAUCCGCCUUCCUCAAGGGCCUGAUGGCACCAGGGGGUUCUACAAUACCAUUGGGAGAGGGAAGUUUCUCUUACGACACUAAACUUUGUGAUCUCUGGGGAGGG